AUGGAAAAAUCCAAAUUAGCAAAAGUUGAAAAAGUUUUGGGAAGAACGGGAAGUAGAGGAGGUGUUAUACAAGUCAGAGCUCAAUUCAUGGGGGAUACCGAAUUGUCAGGAAGAUUUUUAAUUAGAAAUGUUAAAGGGCCAGUUAGAGAAGGAGAUAUUUUAGCUUUACUUGAAACCGAAAGAGAAGCAAGAAGAUUACGAUAA